UAUGUUUCGGCAAAUGACGUGUUAGUUCCCAGAACUGAUUAUCAAACAGUAAACACAGCUUAUAUAAAUUGGAAGUGCAGUGGUAGCUAUAGAGAUAGUGAAAUCUCCAAUGGAUUGAAAAUGAAGUGAACAGCACUUCCCCCUUCGGCAUUCGACCUAAUCGUUUGCAACCAUGAAAAAGUUUCUAACGUUCCUGGCUAUACUUUGCACUGGUACUGCGAUUUACACCAAUAAGUUUGAAGCAACUGUUGGAUGCCAUCAGUAUGACGCAACCGGAGGUUACAAUGCCCCUCAUCCAUACUUUUCAACCAAAGCCUUCAGAAAUAUUGAAACUACAACAAAAAAUGUAACGAAACUGCGAUUAGGAGUACUGGCUCGUAACGAUGGUCAUAUUAGAUUAGCUCCAGUAGAAUAUCCGUUCAAUGAUACGAAGAUGAACGAAAUUGUACUUUCCGGUUGGGGUAACACUAAGAUCGAAGUUCGCCGUUACACUCGACAGAGUCAUCACACCCGUUCGGAAAGUCAAAUAUUACUGCAACAAGCUAGCAAUGGAUUGCUCUCUGAAUUUCGUCCACUGAUGUUUACUGUUGAAAUUCAACCUAAUGGAAUUGUUUCACUGACGAAGGAUGAUGACGUAGACCCUUUGCUGCAAUUCACGGAUACUGAAUUGUCGUUUCGGUAUAUAGGGUUCAGCAACUGGGAUGUCCCGGCCAUUUAUUUUUUCGAUUGUCCGCUGGAGCCCGAGCGGGCUGCAUGUGAUGGUGAUUUCUAGGAGUUGUACGCGAGGACGAAGGAUUUAAUACUUUUAGUGCAUAAAGGCUUUUUUUAAACUGGACAAUUGAGCCGUUGCGGAACAGAGUGGUCUGAAGACCAUUUUUUUCGAAAAUGAAUUUUUUGCAUAAACCGCAUCUACUCAAGAAGCUGAAGUUGGGAGAUUAAGAAAAUUUCGGAAAAUCGAA